AUGAUAUUUAUCUUUAUUGAAUUUUGAUUGUAACAAAUGUUGAUGGUAGCAAUGAACAGUCUCCUGCUGCAUCCGGUCCGGCCAAUCCUUUCCUUCCACAAAACCAGAGAUUCAGCUCUACCACCGUCGCACGAUAUCCUGGCCGCCGGCAACCUCGACGACGCACCGCCACGUCUACGAGGAAACAGCUCAAGCACAACCUCCAAAAGGAAACAAGACGACUACCACUCCACCCUUAAAGCCCUCAACUCCAAAGGCCGUUUUCCAAGAAAAUCUCUUGGCCAGCAUUACAUGGUAAAUGGGUCGGUCAAUGAGGAGCUUGUGGCGGCUGCCAAUGUGAAAGAAGGUGACUUUGUGUUAGAAAUUGGGCCAGGAACUGGUUCCUUGACUAAUGCGCUACUCGAAGCUGGUGCAACUGUUCUUGCUAUCGAAAAGGAUCCUUAUAUGGCAUCACUGGUGAGGGAACGCUUCAAUGGACUACAAUAUGUGAAGGUUAUCGAAGAGGAUUUUACACGGUCUCAUAUUCGAUCUCAUGUGUCCUCGUUUUUGUCAGCUAAAGGUCCACCAGAAGGAAAUUCAUUUACUGCAAAGGUGGUGGCGAACAUACCUUUCAACAUAAGCACUGAUGUGGUGAAACAACUUCUUCCAAUGGGAGACAUCUUCUCUGAGGUGGUUCUUUUACUUCAGGACGAAGCAGCACAGCGCUUUGUGGAUCCUUCGCUGAGAUCAUCCGAGCAUCGGCCCAUUAAUGUUUUUGUGAACUUCUAUUCGGAUCCUGAAUACAAGCUCAAGGUACCAAGGUCAAAUUUCUUCCCCCAGCCUAAGGUCGAUGCUGCUGUCGUUGCAUUUAAACUGAAACAGCCCGCAGAUUAUCCCCACGUUUCUUCCCUCAAGAGCUUCUUCUCAAUGGUGAACUCUGCAUUCAAUGGAAAGCGUAAAAUGCUGAGAAAAUCUCUUCACCACAUUUGCCCUUCACCUGAUAUUGAAGCUGCUCUCUGUGCCCUUAAUCUUCCUCCCACUUCGAGACCCGAAGAGCUUACGUUAGACGAUUUUGUGAAGCUUCACAACUUGAUCGUGGAUUCAUAGAUGAUACGAUAAUAGAAGACGAAAUUACAAGACUACUAAUAUGGUUUAGGCCUUAGGGAGUGGUCUACAUAUAUUUAGAAACACAAAUGUGUCCAUUCUUCAAUGUAAAUAAAACCAUAAUUUCACCUCCAAA